CGCCAUAAUACUUCCGUUAACAUUGAAUUAUUUUAAUUAAUUUUAUCAAUAAGAGAAAUUUUGUAAAAAAUCUAUCAAUAAUAAGAUUAAUAAAUAAAUGAUCAGUAAUUUUCCUCAAAAUCAAACAUUAAAAGCAGAUGGAUAAAUUGAUAAAUUAUGUACUUGAUAAAUACGAAUGGAAUGACAAAAGUCGCAUUGCUUACUCCAUUAUUUCUUCAAAAAUAAUUGGCUUUAAUCAAUGCAGAAGAGAUAUCCAAGUAACUACAGGAAAUGGUCAUGUGACGUAAUGUUGGUUUAAACGCCAAGCGAAGCCAUGAACGCUGAUGGAAAUGGUUCGCAAGAGGGUGGAACAGGGAACGAUUAUGGAAGCAGUGAGGAAACUGCCGCUCUUAUAAGUAAGGCACCGCCACCAGUGGUGGUGCCGCCAACACCACAGGGAAAGCCGGUACUCACAAGACAAGAUAGAGCCACAUUUCUGGUAGCGUCACCACAACUAUCAGUGUCAGGACUUGGUGGCUCUGAGGAAAGUGCAACAAAUGAAGAUCCCGCCACAAGAUCGGUACCCGACAUAGAGUUGCAUUGCAGGCUAGACAGUGAUCCUCAACCUGUGGUGGCCCCGAUCCCUCAAUAUUACCGAUCCAGGCUCACGUCUACUCAGCAUCGAUGUCGUUGCGAGAGGAGGGACUCUUUGGCACCGUCAUCUGCACUGCACUUGGCCCGAAGUGUAUCAAGGGAAAGUGUGAAAAGCGGACAUCAUUGUUGCCCAUGUCAAGCGCUGCCACUACCAGUUUUAGUAACGACAACACCAAGUGCGCGAAUGAUCCGUCAGAGUUCGCAGCCGGAAGCCUAUGUUUGUUGUUGUUCAGGAUGCUGCUGUCCCCUGCACGCCGGAAACGCUCCUAGCGCCGCAUCGUUGCGGCAACUACGUGAACCUGGCGAUGGAAUUGCCGGUAUCGCAGCGGACUCACUCAGGAUCAAUGGCGGCUUUCGACAAUUUCGACAGUUUCCCUGGUUGUGCAAAUCGUCGCCUACCACGUCUGCAACAACACCACCUCCACCGGUACCAAGUUCUUGUUCCGGUUCUGGUUCCGCUUCUGCAUCUGGUUCAGGGGCCCAGGGCGUCGUUCUCUGUCCACGAACAUUGGCUCAGGUUCGCCGAUCCAGGCUACGAAGAGCCCUCACCGAAGCAACUGCCGAGACCGUCAACUACGUCAAGACGCUGCGGAAGCCAGUAUCCACUCUCUCGAUUCCCGGGGCGAUGAAAAACUGUGGCGGAAUGGCCGCAGGGCCCGGGGGUACCGGGAGUGGCGGAAGCGGUGGAAUUGGCGGUGCUGGAGGUGAAGAGGCCGCGAUCGCUCUCGUUGGUGUUCAUUCGGAAUAUCCACGUUAUAUGGAGGAUCGAGGCCUCGGUGGUGGUUCGAUAAAGGGCCACGGUAGCAUUGGUACUGCCUCGAAGCACAAACCUAACGUCGGCUAUCGUCUCGGCCGUCGAAAGGCACUCUUCGAGAAGCGAAAACGCAUUAGUGAUUAUGCCCUUGUCAUGGGAAUGUUCGGAAUUGUUGUCAUGGUCAUCGAAAACGAACUCUCCAGUGCGGGGUUGUACUCAAAGGCCUCAUUUUAUUCGACUGCACUGAAAACCCUGAUCUCUGUGUCGACUGUGAUACUGCUUGGCCUCAUAUUUGCUUAUCAUGCUUUAGAAGUUCAGUUAUUCAUGAUUGAUAACUGCGCGGAUGACUGGCGGAUCGCGAUGACCUGGCAACGAAUAUCGCAAAUCGCAUUAGAAUUAGGCAUCUGCGCAAUUCAUCCAAUUCCAGGUGAAUAUUAUUUCAUAUGGACAACAAAAUUGGUGAACAAAGGCGGUGAGAUGGGCUCAAAAUUGGUGCCAUAUGAUGUCACCUUAUCUCUUCCUAUGUUCCUGAGACUAUACCUCAUCUGUCGAGUAAUGCUUUUACACUCGAAAUUGUUCACCGAUGCCUCGUCAAGAAGUAUAGGAGCCUUAAAUCGCAUCAAUUUUAAUACGAGGUUUGUUUUAAAAACCCUCAUGACCAUUUGCCCGGGAACUGUUCUACUCGUCUUAAUGGUGUCCCUUUGGAUCAUCGCCUCAUGGACAUUGAGGCAAUGUGAAAGGUUUCACGAUGAAGAACACGCGAACCUGCUUAAUGCAAUGUGGCUCAUCGCGAUCACAUUCUUGAGUGUCGGUUUUGGUGACAUCGUACCAAACACGUACUGCGGAAGAGGCAUUGCAGUUUCUACGGGAAUAAUGGGAGCUGGGUGCACAGCGUUACUUGUGGCAGUCGUUUCAAGAAAACUAGAAUUAACGAGGGCAGAGAAGCACGUUCAUAAUUUUAUGAUGGACACACAAUUAACGAAAAGAUUAAAAAAUGCAGCAGCAAACGUACUGAGAGAAACGUGGCUUAUCUACAAACAUACUCGUUUAGUAAAACGUGUGAAUCCAAGUCGUGUACGAACACACCAACGAAAAUUUCUUUUAGCUAUUUACUCGCUCAGGAAAGUAAAAAUGGACCAGCGAAAAUUAAUGGAUAAUGCCAACACUGUAACCGAUAUGGCCAAGGUACAAAAUAAUGUACACGAGUUAGUCUCCGACAUGAGUACGCGUCAAACUACACUCGAGGAACGUUUAGUCAACCUCGAGGAGAAAUUGACUGAGCUGCAGGAACAGGUGGAAUUGCUACCGGAAGCGCUCACACGAUGUUUAGCACAACACACUGAACGAUUGGAACAAAGACGAAAUUUUCUACAUCCGGAUACAGCUGUGGCUCUUAUUACACCGGGUAGUGGUGGUGGUACCGUCAAUAAUUUAGGUAUUGGGAUGUCAGGAAGUAUCGCAUCGUCCCAUCAUCCAUUGACGAGUCUUUCGAAUUCGCCUCUACUGCCACAUUCGAGAAGUGUACCAAAUGCACCAAGUGCAGUAUCGCUUCAUCCGUGGCCAGCGAGUCCGGUACUGCCUCCGGUAUCCAGUCGAACUCCACAUCUCGUGCCGGAAACUGGAACCGGAAGACAUUACAGCAUCCCAGCGUACACAACACCAACGACAACACAAACUCAAUCGGCCACGAGGCUCGCUUUUUCACAAACAGGCAUGGGAGGUCUUGGGAACAGUCAAGGCUCGGACACAUCGCGUAGCUGAGCCACAAGUUUGCAGCCGCAGCAUUCAUAUUAAAAAAAAAAAAAAAAAAACCAGGGCCUUCUCAUCGGUCGUACUAACAAUUAUUUCUAUACCGUUCUUACGUCAUCUUAAAAUCGUCGAAUUACGCUUCAUCAAAAAAAAAAACACAUUCUUCAUUAUUUUUCAUAUAAAUAUAAUAUAUAAUCGAAGCCGCGUUCAAGUGCAAAACGUUGCAGCCUUAUUCAUUCAUCGUCGAUAUAAAUAUUCAAUCUUCAACCACAACAAAUCCUUGGGACCAGGACUGGACAUUUAUUCGAAUUUAUAGAUACAAGGAUCAUUUUAUUUUAUUAAAAAAAAUUUUUUUUUAGAAAUCAUCUUCUUCUUUGUUAUCUGUUGUAUAUUUAUGUAAAUGACUUGUAAAGAGAUUAAAAAUAUAUUUAUUAGACAGUU